GCCAAUUGAACAUUGUACAUUGCAAGCUCUUUCUGGUUAGCAUAUAUCUCCGAUAUUUGGGACGUUCCCACAAGACACGGUCGCACGAUAGUCGACGGCCCAGUGUAGGCUACAUCCCUAAAUACCUGCCACAAUUGCAACUAGAAAGUGCUAAAAAUGCAGCUACGCUGCAUACCCUCGACGGUUCCGGUGAUGCGUCGGCCGAGGCUUGCACCGCUGCAUGCAGGACGCUCGUCGUCGUCCACAUCCACGUACUCGGGCUCAGAGGCACGAGCCGGCCGUGACGAGCAACGCAACAAGGGCCGCGACCGCAGCAGGGGCAUUAGCAGCGGCGGCGGCCGCAGCGGUGCCCCAAGCCGGCAAGAGGAAACCCCUGCUCCGGGCUACCACCGACAACACCGAGACGACAGCAGCAACACUGCCACCGCUGACGGCGGCCGCCACCGCAGCAGCAGCAGCGCCGGCAGUGGCCCCCGUGACAAGGUUGCUAGUCCCAGCCGAAAUGGGCGCGACAGGUACGACAGCGGUGUCGUACGACGACAAGGCAACUCGUACGGCAACAACAACGACGGUAGACGCGUCGAAGGCGGCUAUCAGGGCCAGAGCGGCGGCCGCCGUGACGUCAGCAGCAACGGACGGGACGGUCGUGACGGCGGACAGAGCGGCCGUCGGGACCCACCUAGACAGCAGCAACAGCGGGAAGAAGAGGGGCAAAGGCGCUACCAGGCACGGCAAGGCGGCCGAACAGACAAGUACCCGAAGUACGGCAGGACAGACAAGUACGACAACAGUAAGCCAGACAUGAGAGCUGAAGACGAGGGCCGUGAAACCGACGACCGUAAUCUGUCCGAUGACUCGUACGAAGCUGAGGAGGAGGAGUACGAGCAUGCGGGUGAUGAGCAAUUGGAGGAAGCGGAGGGGAACUACGGGUCCCCAUCCUGGUCCCGGCGGUAUCCGCGGACCCCCAGCGGUAGCGCAGGUGGUGGCAGUACGACCUCCAUACGAGAUACGCUGCAAGGCCAGGCGCUGUACGGCGUGUUUCCCGUACUGGCGGCCCUGCGUGCCAAGAGGCGCCAGGUGCACCGCGCCUUCCUGCAUGACUCACUGGACCUGGGGAAGCGCAAGGACGCGGGGCUGCUGCGGCAGGUGCAGGCGCUGUGUGCGGAGGCGGGGGUGGAGGUGGCGCGAGUGGGGCGACAUGACCUCAACCUGCUGGCGCAGGACAGACCGCACCAGGGUCUGGUGUUGGACGUGUCCCCGCUGGAGUGGACCUCCCUGGAGGAGUUCCCCGAGGCGUCCCAGGUGGCUGCAGCAGCUGCUGCUGCUGGUGGAGCUCCGCCGGUGUGGCUGGCGUUGGACGAGGUGGUGGAUCCGCAAAACCUGGGAGCAGUGGUGCGCUCAGCCUACUGUCUGGGCGCAGCGGGGGUGCUCGCAUGCGCCCGAAACUGCGCGCCGCUGUCACCCGUGGUGUCAAAGGCUAGCGCGGGCUCCCUGGAGGUUCUCCAGCUGCACAGCUGCCGCAACCUGCCCCGCACGCUGCUGGAUGCGCGCGACAACAAGGGCUGGCGGGUGCUGGGCGCGGCGGCGGGCAGCGGGUCGCAGCCCGUGGGGCAGGUCCGCGUGGAUGGACCCACCAUCCUGGUGCUAGGUAGCGAGGGCUUCGGCCUGCGCACCAACGUCCGCCGCGCCUGCAGCGGCCUGGUCCGUGUGGACAUGGCGCCCCAGGCAGCAACAGGCGCAGUCGCAGCAGCAGCAGGAGCAGCAAACACCUAUAACGACGGGGUGCAGCAGCAGGAGCUGCUUCGUGGCCUGGUGGACUCGUUGAACGUGUCGGUGGCAACAGGCAUCCUGCUGCACUCACUCCUCAACUCGGCAGUGGCAGUGGAAGGGAGGCAGUAGCAGCGGAUGCGAGCGAAACGGGGCUAAGUUGGCUCGGGUGGGAACUGGGCUCGAUGUUUGCCCAGCUUGGGCAACACAGGUUGAAGCUGUGACGUGUCGUCACCGUAACGAGCUGUCGGGGUUAGGAUGGAGGGAUAAAGGAGCGCAGCAGGGGAGCCGCAGCGUGCAGAUUCGGGUGACUUGCAGUCGCCACGAGCUGGGGGCCGUGCCCGUCCCUCAGCGAAUCUAACAGCCAAUGCGAACAUGCGCUGUCUCAGAUACAGGCGACAGCAGCGCGGGCGGGCCCGAGCGCACCCUAUGCAGGCCUACUUAUGCUGCUAAGCGAGGACGCGUUUGCGCACGAGGGGAGGGCGUAGUUAGGAAUGCUUCCCUGUACUUUGGCACUUUGAGACGAUGAAGGCUGGCGAGAGCGGAGGUGGCGGUGCUCAAGAAACUGUGUGCCGUGUUUGCUUUCGGGCAGGACGUUGACAACUGACGAGGUUUUUAUCGUAGGCACGACUAGGGGGUCAUGCAGGGGCUAUUGAUCUAGGUGUCUUAGAUGCGGGAGUUCCCGUGGGUUCAAACAUGCGAGGGCAUGCGUGACGCGGUUUGGUGCCUUGAGGGGACUGGCUUGCAGGCGACAGUGCGGGCCAGUGGAGGAGGGGUUAUGAGAACGCUUGUUAGGACUAUGGUGAGCAUAAGGAUUAUGGUGAG